UGGCCCAAACAACCAAAUUUGGUCACUAAUUUACUAAUGGUGUGCUUAGAGUCUAAAAGCUGGUGUUAUUCUUGCUCUUUCUUUUUGUGGAAGAAGAAAGCGAAUGUUUCAUCUUUUUGUGCUUGCGUGUCAGAGUGUGUGAAACUGGCAACCAAACCGAUAUGUGCACACUUCAUAUGCUGCUUGCUAUGUCCAGCUGAUUAUCAUUAUAUCUUCCCAGAAGAAACACGACGAGAUUUCAAAGAUUUGAAAUUCGCUCUAUAUGUUCUUACGUACACUGGCCUCCAUUUACUAGAAGUUAUCUCAAAACUUAAACAAGCAGCACUAGGAAGCUGGCACCAACUAAAGCUGGCUAGCUAGCUACAACAAUGGAAGAAUCCCCGUAUAGUUCUCGGGGACGAGACGAACCUGAGUUCAGCUUGAGAGAUUGGGCUGUCAACGCUAGAGGAAUCAAUCGGGAAAACACGAAUUCCAGAAGGUUCUCAGCAUCCUACAUUAGAAGCUUUAGAGAGGACACAAGGUCUUUCAGAUCAAACAUUACCAUCUCUAGCACAGCUUCUUCUCCUGGCUACGCCUUAAGAGAUGAGAUUGACCCUGCAACUUACUCAUUCACCACAGCCCUCAAAGCAUUACAAGCAAGGUCUGCCUAUCAUAGUUGGGAGGCCUUAUCUCCAGAUGGGUUUGCUUUACAUUCAAAGUGGAAUGAAGCAGAGAAAUACAUAUGCAACCCUCUUUCAGGACAAGUCCCAAUGGAGUGUUUAUCUGCAAAAACACUUAGUGGAAGAUCGUUUCGAAACAUGACUAAUCGAAUCACAAUGUCUGCACCUCUUGUAUACUCAUCUCGCACUAGGCCAAUCCAUAACACCAAGCCUUCUAGUUCCACUAAAGAAGACUUGGCUCGUCAUUUCCCAAUUCCAGAAAAGAAAAUUGAGGGUAUGACAAGAGAUUUUGGAACUCAGAGAACUCCUGAUAUCAGUUCUAGCAGUCUUAGCUCUGCUUCAACUCCUCCCAUUGUAGAAAGAACAUUAAAUCGAUUUCGUGGCGGAGAUUCACCGAAUUCAAAUUCAAAUUCGAAACCGAAAUCGGAAGAAGAGGAUGAUGUAGAAGAGAUGGUAGUGAAAGAUACAGAACAGGAAGAAGAAACAAAAAGAGAAAAGGAAGGGAGAAAGGAACAAGAAAAGCAGAAGUGGAGGCAAGGUGGGUGCUUAUCAUGGAUGAGAAAGAGGUACAGAGAGAAACACAAGCCGAGAAAGAAGAACGUGUUUCUUUCUCAUCUCAAAGGGUGCUGAAAAUGAAAACAAAAGGAGAGCACUGAAAAUCAAUAAUGUAGAAGAGACCCAUUGGAGGGGUCGUAAGAGAUUCUCUGGCCUUCAGAACUGUUGCUGCAGGGUCACUCAAUUUGUCUCUGAGCAAGCAAAGAUUUAAGGGGGUCUAUAGUGGUUAUUCUGUAUCGGUUUUCUUUCUGUUGUAGAAUAGUUGAGUCAUGUUUAUGCUCUGUUCUUGCUUAUGGUCCAUAGUGGCUGACAAAAGGUUCACAUGCAUGCUUUUUGUUUGUGCCUUAAAAGUAGUAGAAUCUCUCUCAAGAAAAAAAAAACGUGUAUACAUACGUAACUUACCCAUCUUGGCAAGAAAUUUUGAAAUUCUGAAGCUCCGAAAACCUAUGAAGUAAAACUUGGUACGCAUCUGAGCAUGCAAGGAAAACCGACUAGUACGCUGAUUUUCUCCUUUCACUUGACUAGGAAGCCCACACAGUUACAUGCAGCAAGUCUCAGAAACAUAUAAGCUUCAAGAAAUGCGCCAAGCAGGCAAGCAAAUAUAAUCUAAAUAAACCAUAAAAUAUAAUUGA